GUAAAGAGUAGUGUUUCAAUUUUCAUAUAACUCAGUUGAAAAUAUUUAAAUUGGACAAAAUUAUGGUGAAUUCUUGCGCUGCAUUCAAUUGUACAAACAAUGUUAAGAAACGCAAGGAUCUCAGCUUCCAUCGUUUUCCUCUUACAGACAAGAAAAGGCUUCAAGAGUGGUUGGUAAAAAUUCAACGAGAGGGAUUUGUUCCAACUAUCUACAGCGUUAUCUGCUCAGAACAUUUUGAACCAUCAUGUUUCUGGCAAAAUCCAAAUAAGAAGCUUUUGAUGCCCUCAGCUAUUCCUACAAUCUUCAAUUUUCCUGGAUCACUUAAGAAGAGGGUGCACACACGGCCGCCUCCAAAAGAAAGAUCUGCUGCUUUGGAUUCUGGGAAUGGUGAUGUAGAAAUGCAGGAGGAAUCUGGACAUUCUACUGUGGAAGCUUCCAUGAAAGAUCUUCUACAUGACCAUUCAUAUGAGAUUAAUAGUGAAGAUAAACUUUCAAAAUGUGAGUAUGUACUCAAUAGGAAGGUGAAAAGUAUUGAAAAAUACAAAGCUAGGUUAGAUAAUAACGCUGCCAAGAUUAAUGUUAGGGAUAGAAAAAUUAAAUCCAUGUCCAACAUGAUAGAAGAGUUAAAGGAGAAGGUACACAUUACCAAAGGACUUGAGAGUGUUCUUGAGAAUAAAUUUGCAGAUAUUUUCAUUGGACUUACCAAUCUAGAAAAAAGUGGAAGAAAUGCUGGAUACAGUAGCAACGUUAAAAGCCGUCAGGUGGCGCUCCCUGCGGCUGUGGCUAAGAACGGUGGUAGGGAGAGCUGGUGA